AUGUUGAAAUCAUUUGACGUCAACCACCAGGACCACAAGCCCCGGACGAAGUAUUUUCUAACGGUUGGCGGGCGGGUGGUGAGAGUCAACCAUGACCCUGACGCUGGCAAUAGGCAAAUCGUGCCUACCGAGGACGAGCUGAAGACAAUUCUUUAUGACCAGACGGAUGCUAGGAAUAGGGGGAAUGGACACCGACGGCGUGACAACAUUGACUUUGUCGCCCUCCAUGCUAACCGCAGACCAAGACGAAAAGGCAGCAAGAACGGGGUCGAAAACAACCAGCGCACAUACGAGAACAGCAACAGUCCGGUUGGUGUAAAUGGUGAAGACCGACCCCACAUCCGGCGGGAAAGGGGCAUAAAGUCCGACCGGUGUCUCCGCCCAAAAGCAAACAGACCAAGUCCGAAGCACCACGAUUCUGGAGAAGAGGAAGAUGUCUCCUUGUUCUUGGACUCUUUCUCCGCUUCCGAGAUGCCAGGACAGCAUCCUGCAGCGGCAGUACAGACGGCAGUUACUCUCCAGUCGCCCCCGACGUCGCUCUGUCUGGACGACGGUGUGCUCGAGGGGCAGGCGCGUAAAGCUGAAGCUGUUGUCGCCGACACCACGCAAACCACGAUGGAGAUGAGUAAGCCACUCGCAAAGAUUGAUCUGUACAGCAUCCUAGCCAAGGCUCCUCCUGUCGCGCCACGUAGCACAGCAUCACACCGUCCGGUCGACGGGAUCGGCUGCAGCGUUGACCCAACCAUGUCGAACAAGGCCGGAAUGAAGCGACACAAGCGAGAGCAAGGUUCCUUGCGCAGACUAGCGAGUAGUGUCGUCGUCGGGGGAGACGAACGACCAGCGUUUGAAACAGCACUGCGGUUGAACCCGCGAGAGGAGGUGGGCGGAUACCUGAAGAGAGACCCGCUGGGAGACGAGGUCGCCGAGUUAACCGCCAAGCUUCAGGAAAGCCUUCGAAGUAUCGGCGGUGGGAAGAUUUCCAAGGGAAUGAAGGUGGUGUCGCUGACAGAUGUUGAAAGAGAAGAUCGACGGGGCCUCAACCGCGCUCUUCGGCUGGCAACCCAAUCCCGGCGUCAACUACCGCCGCAGAUGGAUAGCUGA